AUGGUGCAUAACUUACACUGCAUCAACUAUUUGUACCAGGUUGCGCAUAGAGAGUAUUAUUACACUCCCAAUACCACGGAGAAGGAGGAUGCAACUCAGAAGAGUCAUAUUGGACACUGUCUUCAUCAUAUCAUGGAGUCCGUGAAAUGCCAGGCAGAUUUGACACCCGUUCUACUUCAUUGGACUCUCCACGAUUUCCACUCGGUCAUUAACUGGGACGGUGUCGAACGUACCUGUGCCGACUGGUCCCAGUUGAUGGACUGGGGUUCAGAGCAUUCCGUGAGGAAGUCUUCUUCCAUAUCUCAAUUCACAGACACGAAACAUCCAAUUUACGGCAACUUCUUAGAUGAGCACGGGAAGUUCGGCUGGGUAGAUCAAGAGGGAGGUGUUGACUACAAGGAGUUUUUCAAAACGCCAGAGUAUCAGAAGUGGGCGAAAGAACAGGGGCUCGCCUUAGGAGAGGCAGCGGCGGAAGAGUAUCUAAGAUCGUUUUACGUCAAGCACUAA